GUCCGGAAGCUCGCGCUGGGUAGUGUCGCAGAGUGUUCACGUCAUGAGUGAGGUGGCAGUAAUGGAGGCUGGAGGAGAAGAGGUGGCCGCGGUCUCUGUGAUUAAAGAGCUGAAGGACGAGAGUUAUGGAGAAUUUCUGAAGCAGGAGUUCGAUGUGAAAACAUACACAGCGCGCGCCAUUCAUCAUGCAGUCAUCGCAGAGCAGCUCGCCAAGCUCGCGCAGGGCAUCAGUCAGCUGGACCGAGAGCUGCACUGCCAGGUGGUGGCCAGGCAUGAAGAUCUGCUGGCGCACGCCACAGGGAUCGAGUCUCUGGAAGGUGUGCUGGAAAUGAUGGAGACAAGGAUUGCGGCACUGCAAAGUGCUGUAGACAGGAUACGGACCAAAAUAGUUGACCCCUAUAAUAAGAUUGUGGUUCGGACUUCUCAGCUUGCACGACUACAGGUAGCGUGUGAUCUGCUCAGGAGAAUAAUCCGUAUCCUGUAUCUGAGUAAGCGCCUGCAAGUUCAACUUCAGGGUGGCAGCAGGGAGCUGACCAAAGCUGCCCAGAGCCUCAAUGAACUGGACUAUUUGUCUCAGGGAGUUGAUCUGUCUGGGAUUGAUGUCAUUGAGAAUGACCUGCUGUUAAUCAGUCGUGUGCGCCUGGAGGUGGAGAACCAGGCUAAAAGAAUACUGGAGCAGGGAAUGGAGAUUCAGAACCCAUCUCAGGUGGGAACAGCGCUGCAGGUCUUCUACAAUCUUGGCAGUUUGAGAGAGACCAUCAUCAGUGUGGUGGAUGGCUACAAGGCUUCUGUCCAGGAGAGCAUAACCAGUGCCCUUGAUGUUAAAGUCCUUACUCAACCUGCAAACACCAGAGGGGCUCCAGGUAGGGCUGUUAUACCGAUUCCAGGAAACACAGCUACUUUUCGUGCUGCUCUUUGGACCAACCUAGAGAAGCUAAUGGACCACAUUUGUUCUGCUUGUAGUCAGGUGCAGCACCUUCAGAAGGUCCUUACCAAAAAAAGGGAUCCUGUCACUCACGUGUGCUUCAUUGAUGAGAUUGUCAAGGAAGGUCAUCCAGAUAUCUUAUACAUUUUCUGGAAUUCCGUUACUCAGAUGCUCUCUGUGGAACUCAAAAAAAGCACACAAGCCUCCACGUUCCUGAAGCAGGCUCUGGAAGGAGAGUACCCUAAGCUCCUGAGACUCUAUAAUGAGUUGUGGAAACGGCUACAGCAGUAUAGUGCCAAGAUACAGGUGGUGCCGGUAGGCAGUGGCUCAGGGCUGGAGUUUGAUUCAACAGUGACUGAAAACGACAUUCAAGACCUCUUCACAAACACUAAACAGGAGUAUGAUCCAGAGAAAUCCCUGAAGGAGUCUCUGCAGCCAUAUGAAGCAGCCUACCUCUCCAAAUCACUCUCACGUCUGUUUGAUCCAAUCAACUUGGUUUUCCCACAAGGAGGGUAUAGCCCUCCAGCCAGCGAUGAGAUGGACAGUAUCAUCAAAACCAUCGCUAGUGAGCUGAAUGUUGCGUUAGUAGACUCUGGAUUGACUGUUGCUGUGGCAAAGAAUGUCGCCAAGACAGUGCAGCUCUUCUGUGUGAAGUCUGAGCAGCUGCUCUGUACACAGGGGGAUGCCAGUCAGGUGAUUGGACCAUUAACCGAGGGUCAGAGGAGAAAUGUAGCAGUGGUGAAUUCACUGUACCAACUACAGCAAGCUGUGUCUAAAGUCAUUUCUGCGCUGAGUAUCCCUGUGGAUGCAGAGCAAUCACUUACAGCCUCUUUGGAGUCAGUGCAGGCUCUGAUGGACAGUGCAGUCCAGCCGUUGUUGAUGUCCGUCACAGACUCUGUGGAGGCCAUUCUAAUUACUAUGCAUCAGGAGGACUUCUCUGGCCCCAUCCCUGCAGGAGAUAAGCCAGACAUGCCUUGCUCUCUGUACAUGCGAGAGCUGCAAGGCUUUGUGACCCGGGUGAUGAAUGACUACUUUCGUCCACUGCAGUGCCUGGAUUUUCUUUACGAUAGAACAGAGGGUGUUGCCCAGCGUGCCAUUACUCUAUUCAUCCGCCAUGCAUGCCUACUGCGGCCACUCGGCGAGGGUGGCAAAAUGAGAUUGGCUGCAGACUUUGCCCAGAUGGAACUGGCUAUUGCACCUUUCUGCAGACGAGUGUCAGACUUAGGGAAAGUGUACCGCUUGCUGCGUUCAUUCAGGCCUCUUCUGUUUCAGACGAGUGAGCACAUAUCUAGCUCUCAGGCUGUGGGUGAUCUGAUUCCGUACAGCACAAUCCUGCACUUCCUCUUCACUCGAGCCCCAGCUGAACUGAAAUCUCCUCAUCAGAGAGCCGAGUGGUCUGUAGCACGGUACUCUCAGUGGCUUGAUGAUCACCCCUCAGAAAAGGACCGACUUGUUCUAAUCAGAGGGGCUCUGGAGGCUUAUGUGCAGUCUGUACGGGCCAGGCAAGGGAAGAAUUUCGCACCUGUGUAUCCUGUCAUGCUCCAUCUUCUACAGAAGGCCACCAGUGGGACAUAAGAUGAUUUUAAAGAAUCAAGAAUUAACAGAAUAACUUAAAUCACUUUUAAAAUCAUUACUAAAAGGUGCAAGCAAUAUAUGUUCCUUCUAAUUCAGAUUAUACAUUUCCUUUAAUUCUUUAAGUCUCCCCAGCAUUACAUGCUUUAAUUGACCAUAUUGCAUAUGUACACAUCCUUUCUAAGUUCCUAUUUCAUGUUUGGUGCAACGCAGCUGGAAGAUAUUGAAAAGUAAAUGAUAAAUAAAUUAACUUGCUGAGCAAAGCUUGAACGAUUUUAUUUUACACAAACAUAGCUUCAUCUAUACUGUAGUAUAGCUGCACCUAACAUUGGCAGUAUACAGAAACUGGACUAAUUCCUGUUCUCAGUUGGGAGCAGUGGGAAUGUGAAGUACUACGUUUGUGAACCCCCUAGGAACCACCACAAACACUGUAGCAACCGUAGCCUUUAUUCAACAAUACCUGGCAACACCAUAAUAAGCAUCAAGUAACUGGAUUGUAACCACAUGGGGAUACCACUGCAGCCACCUACCACAUACAUGCAGCAUAUUAAUAAUAAUAACACAAGAUGUUGUCAUCUUUGUGAACAUUUUGUACAUUUGUUAAGUCACUGGAAUCAGGACUAUCAAAGCACACUUUAUUAGGUCCUGUAGUCAAACCCGCCAAAAACCUGUAAUAAAACGUAUAUACUGUCCGGGUUAAUUCCCAAAAUUGAAAGUUUUGAAGUAAACUGGAAUCACUGACUAAUAACUGGGCCUUUCACUAAUUUGUUUAAGUGAGCAUCAGUAAAAGGUAACUAUAAUUUUGCUACUAGAAAUUAGAAAUAAAUGAUAUUGUUACAUAAAUUGCUGUGGAAACUCUAUGCCGUGAAAGCUAGUGAUGUUUUUUUUUUCUAUGUUUUUAGAGUUUGUCAUUUUCAUUUUCUAUUUUAUGCAGUUUUUUCCUUUUUCCAAGUUUUUUAAAAUGCUUUUUAAUAAGACAACAAUCAACCAUGCUGAAUUACAGCACACUUUUAAAAACUAUGUAUUAUGCAGGAUGCUUAAAAAAUAUAUGUAAAAAAAAAAAAAAAAAAAAAUCCUAUAACUGGCUGGGCUGAGCCCCGGAUCUUUAGAUAACCAGGCAACGUCCCUGGUGGCUUCCUCUGCCACUGCUCCUUUGUCAGCAACAAAAUGUGCAACACCCUCUGGCCUGGCAAUGGCCACUAAAGGACUAACCUACUAAAGGACUGAAGACAGGACUAGGAACUUACCCAGAGCCUUCACUUCUGUGCCAGUGCUACCCACUAAUUAUGCACCUCCCACCUCCGCUCCUUUCCCAUGUCCACAGCACAUGUGGCAGUGGUGCACCGUCUUUUCCCUGUGCCAGCUGCACCUGCCAGUCCUAGCACCAGUGCCAGUUGCACCUGCUGCUUGUCACCCCAGCUUACAUGUCAACUCCCAAUUUGUCUGAUCCAGUAUCGACAUUCAGAACUUCGCCCAGACUCGUCUCACAGACUCAGAGUGUACCUCAGACUGUGUCACCAGGUUCAUACCUGUUCCUGUUCAGAGAAGGCCCAAUGAUUUCUGCAAAUAAGAAAAUACAUGUUUGUUUAAAAGAUUACACCAAUCAGUUUACACUGGUUUAUUGUUACUUUUUGGUUGGAAACAAAACAAAUCAACCCCAAUUAUCUCAUAACUCUAAACAAACAGCUCGGUAACUGCUUAACUGGAAGCUAAAAUAAUAGUCACCUAACAUCCAUGAGCUAGUCACAGUGUUGAACUUUAUCACAUGCAGGUGAAAGGGUCAGCUACAGAAUCAAAAGUUCUGUUUAUUGGAGUGAAAAUGUGUGCACAUGUUUCCACCAGAUAUAGUACAUUAAUGUACACAUGAUGCUUGGUUACUUAAUUCGUAUUAUCAGCACUUGGUUAAAUUAUAAUUAUUUUUGUGGAGUUUUAUAAACGAUUGCUACUCCUAUAUAAAUCAGUGUUGUUUUUAAAAUAGUUUACAGUGCUAAAGAAAAACAGGAUUACUAGAUUGUCUUUUCUCCCGCUCUUUUCUCUUUUCUUGUAAAAUAUAUAGUAUAAAUGUAAAACAAGAAGAACCUUGAGAAACAGAAACAUUUUUAAUGACAAAUGAACAAGUUUUGCAUUUUUUGGAUCUGUAUCAUCCAUGUGGAAAAAGUUAUUAAUAGCCACUGUAACCAGAUGUUUACAGUAACUGAGUAGCAGUCUUUUAUGUUGCUGUAGGGUGAUUUUAACCUGCUCAUUCCGAGUCACUUUGGAGGGAUGUGUAGCAUGAACUGCCACAGUAUCCUGACGGCCCAAGUUUGCCUCUUUAAAAGCUAAUUUUGUUUCUUUGUGUUGAUUUGCUCCUGCACUUCAGAUUGAUUAACAUUGUUACACUAGUCUAGUGCUCCAACCUAGUCCAAUUCCACAGAGCGGAUUAAAUUGAUGUAUGAUUAAAACUAACUGAACUAUUAAUCUGA